AUGCGACUUCCUUUGCCGCCGCCCUUUGCGGGCGAUGCCGCUGACGGCAGGAAGCAAGGAGCGGCUGUAGCGGCCGGUCGUCGCGGAAACGCCGCCGGUUGUAGCGCAGCUCGUAAGCGUAACAUAUCGGCUCCUCCUGACUCGUCUCAUUCGCAGCAUUUGCUACAGCUGCCCGCGUGGCUACAGGAUCUGCUGCAGCAGCAAGAGCGGUUAUUAGCUAGAAUCCAGGGCGACCCGCUUAGUUCCUAUUCCAUGACCGCCUCGUCCUCCUCUCAUUCUUCUCCGUCUUCUUCCCUUUCAGAAGCCGGUCCUCCCGCCACCACUGCGGGUUCCCUCGCGACCGCAACGCAUCACCUGCCAUUUGCUAAAAUGCUUCGACCGCCGCGCUUCUCCAAUCCCUUCGCCGCGCUCCCUAUCCCCGGAGGCUCGUCUUCCGCCGUCUCCGCUGCUUCCCCCGCCUCCGCCUCCGCUUCUCGCCCCUCUGCCUCCGCCCCGUCCGCCUCUCAAGAAAAAUAUGCGCAGCCGACCAUCGCGCCGCCAGACCCGGCGCCUGCGGCGACGAGCUCUAAGGCGCUGAUCCUGCUGCCGCGCCAGCGCCUUCUCUUAGUUCCCGCCGCCGACUCGACCCCGGCUACUACCGCUGACGUCAUCACUGUCGUCGAGGAAGGUUCGCGGAAGGACCCUAGAGUGGAGCCUAUUCCAGGUCCGGACUCCGGCUCGGGUCCUUCCGCCGUGAUUCCCGGUCCGAGCGUCGUAACCUGGUCGAAGCUCGCCGGGUGGCGGGUCGAGCUCCCGCCGAACCUACCGGACCUGACGAAGCUUCGUCCAGACAUUGAGAAGCUUCGGCCGGCGCUCGAGGCGCGUGUGCAGCACACGCUGUCGCACGUUCCGUUUCGGGAGCUGCUGGAGGAGAUUCAGCAGUGGAGCAAGGCGCGCGGGGGGAUCGGCGGGUGGGCGGAGGGGGGCGCGCGCGGAGCGCGGCGGUACCCGAACAAGCAGAAACUUUCCCCCUCCCCCCUUUCGUCCCUCUUCCCCUCGGCGACCCCCCUCCCUUCCACAACCCAUAGGGACCUCGCUUGUUCACGGGAGCCCAGAGUUGGGCAAGGGCGGGGACGGGCAGGCCGGCUCCUGUUUGCCGACUUGGACAAGAAGGAUGGGGACGGGCAGGUGAAGCUGGAGGACUUGGAGAGAGCACCCAGCGCCGGCGCCUGCUUGUCUUCCCCCGUCCCUCCAAUCCCAACCUCCCCAAUUCUCCCCCACCCCCCUCACCCAUCAGGCCGGCGGCUGUUCGCUGAGUUGGACAAGGACGGGGACGGGCAGCUGGACAAGGAUGGGGACGGGCAGGUGAAGCUGGAGGACCUCGAAAGGGCGCUCAAGAGACGCCGCCUGCCAGCAGCGCACGCCCGCCCGCUGCUCAGACGCCUCCGGCGCCACUGGCUGGCCUCUUCCUUCGGGUGGGAGGAGUUCCAGUCGUUCAUGGAGGCCAAGGAGCCCGCCAUGCUGCGAGCGUUCACUUCGCUGUGUGUGGGGUCGUCAGGGACACUGCAGAAGGGACAGGUGUUCGCCUCACUGGAAAAGGCGGGUCUGCCGGCAACAGAGAGCAACGUGCGGGCAAUGAUGCGGUUCCUAGAUGCACACGAGUCCGGCCACGUCACCUAUGGGGACUUUCGGAACUUUCUGCUGCUGCUGCCGCCCGAACGGCUGCAGGGGAGCGACCCCAGCAUGGUGUGGUACGACGCGGCCACCAUGGUUCCCAUGGCGCCGCCCGCUGCCACGUCAGCGCCAGCUGGCAGCGUGAUCAAAUCUGCGCUGGCGGGCGGGCUUGCCUCGGGAUUGUCGACCUGCCUCAUGCACCCCUUGGACACUAUCAAGACGCGGGUACAAGCCUCCUCAGCCUCGCUUUCAGAGGUGGUGCGAUCGGUGCCAUCCAUCGGCAUCCAGGGAUUGUACCGGGGAGCGCCGCCUGCCAUCCUGGGACAGUUUGCCAGCCAUGGGGUGCGCACGGGCGCGUACGAAGCUUCCAAGAUGCUUCUCACGAGCAUGCUGCCCAACCUCACAGAAUACCAGGUCCAACCAGUGGCUUCGCUCUGCUCCACAGUGCUGGGCACUGCCCUGCGCAUUCCCUGCGAGGUGCUGAAGCAGCAGCUGCAGGCAGGGCUGUACAGCAGCACAGGCGCGGCGCUCAAGGCGACGCUCAAGGAGGGCGGGGUGAAGGGGCUGUUCCGAGGCACCACCGCCACGCUGUGCCGAGAAGUGCCCUUCUACGUGUUUGGCAUGCUGAUUUACCUGCAAGUCAAGCGGGUCACUCGCCAUGUGCUGCGCAGGGAGCUCGCCCCCUGGGAAACCCUCCUCCUGGGCGGCUUCUCGGGCGGCAUGGCAGCGAUCGCCAUCACGCCAUUUGAUGUCAUCAAGACGCGCAUGAUGACGUCGCCGCCCGGGGCGGCAGCGGCCGGCAUGCUGACAGUUGGCGCGAAUCUAUUGGCCACGGAGGGGGUGGGGGCGCUGUAUAAGGGCUGGCUGCCGCGGUUCUUCUGGAUUGCUCCCCUUGGAGCGAUGAACUUUGCUGGGUAUGAGCUGGCGAAGCAGGCGAUAGAUGAUGUGGGGGAGGAGGGAAAAGAGGCGUAG